GCGCGCAGCUCCACUUUGUCAGCGGGCGGCGCGGUCGAGCGCUUGGCCCUGGGCUUGGAGCGUGGAGCAGGCGGGGAGAGUAAAGGAGCGGCGGUGCGGGGAGCUGGGAGGCAUGGCGCGGCCCGACGACGACGACGAGGGGCCGGCCGUGGCGCCCGGGCACCCGCUGGCGAAGGGAUACCUUCCGGUGCUGAGAGGCGCCCCGGACGGGGAGGCGCACGCGGAGCUGCAGGAAGGGCCUGAGGCGGAGAUCGGAGGCCCGGAACACGGCCCCGUGAUCGCGGGAGCCCCGGACGGACCCCAAGCCCUGCUGGCAGCGGAGGAGGAGACCCAGGCCCGGCUGCUGCCCGCAGGCGGUGUAGAGGACGACCCGGUCUCCACACGCUCCCCGCGCACGGCGCUGUCGCCGCGGCGCUUCGUGGUGCUGCUCAUCUUCAGCUCCUACUCGCUGGUGAACGCCUUCCAUUGGAUCCAGUACAGCAUCAUCAGCAACGUGUUCGAGGGCUUCUACGGCGUGUCGGCGCUGCACAUCAACUGGCUGUCCAUGGUGUACAUGCUGGCCUACGUGCCCCUCAUCUUCCCGGCCACCUGGCUGCUGGACACGCGAGGCCUGCGGCUCACGGCGCUGCUGGGCUCCGGCCUCAACUGCCUGGGCGCCUGGGUCAAGUGCGGCAGCGUGCAGCGGCACCUCUUCUGGGUCACCAUGCUGGGACAGAGCCUGUGCUCCGUGGCGCAGGUCUUCAUCCUGGGCUUGCCCUCCCGCAUCGCCUCCGUGUGGUUUGGACCCAAGGAGGUGUCGACGGCUUGUGCCACCGCGGUGCUGGGCAAUCAGCUUGGAGCUGCAGUUGGCUUUUUGUUGCCACCUGUUUUAGUGCCCAACGUGCAGAAUAACACAGACCUUCUGGCUUAUAACAUCAACACCAUGUUUUACGGAACAGCAUUUAUCUCCACACUUUUAUUUUUUUUAACAGUAAUUGCGUUCAAGGAAAAGCCUUUGUUACCGCCAAGUCAGGCUCAGGCAGCCCUGCAGGACAGUCCCCCUGCAAAGUACUCCUACAAGAGCUCCAUCUGGAACCUGUUCAGAAACGUCCCCUUUGUUCUCCUGCUGGUUACUUACGGUAUCAUGACUGGAGCAUUUUAUUCUGUUUCGACAUUAUUAAAUCAAAUGAUACUGACAUAUUAUGUGGGAGAAGAGGUGAAUGCUGGAAGGAUUGGGCUAACGCUGGUGGUAGCUGGAAUGGUGGGCUCCAUUCUUUGUGGCUUAUGGCUGGAUUACACCAAAACCUACAAGCAGACGACUCUGAUCGUGUACGUGCUGUCGUUCGUUGGGAUGCUUGUGUUUACGUUCACACUGGACCUUGGGUACAUCAUUGUGGUGUUCGUUACUGGUGGGAUCCUUGGCUUCUUCAUGACUGGUUACCUCCCUCUGGGCUUUGAAUUUGCUGUUGAGAUCACUUACCCUGAAUCUGAAGGCACGUCCUCUGGGCUUCUCAAUGCUGCUGCUCAGAUAUUUGGAAUUUUGUUCACCUUGGCUCAGGGAAAGCUCAUGUCAGACUAUGAUCCUGCGGCAGGAAACCUUUUCCUCUGUGCCUGGAUGUUCUUGGGCAUCAUUCUGACAGCCUUGAUCAAGACUGAUCUGAGGAGGCACAGCGUAAACAUGGGGAUGGCGAAUGGAGCCCUUAAAGCUGUGCCUGUUGAUAGUCUGACAGAUCAGAAACCAAAGGUGAUGUUGUCUAAGCAGUCAGAAUCUUCACUCUAAGGAGGGGUCAGCGCCUGCCCCUCAGCGUGGGCGUGCCAUCAUCCCUGGGAAACUGUGUGAGCGAGCGGUGAGGACACUUACUUGAAAAUUACUGUGUGAACUCUGAAUAUUGUUUUGUUUUACUGUUAAUUUAGGCAACAUUUGGUUAAAAUGCCCUCACUUGCGCCUUGUUAACACUAACGUUCAUCUAAUAUUGUCCGUCUUCAAUUGUGUAGCGUGUCCAUGAAGUAGCAAUCUUGACAUUUUUUCAGAACGUAUGUUUUUUUUUAUGGGGCUCUAGUUCCCGUAAGACAUGCAAGAGUGCGUGCUGUUCACAUACAGACCCGUCCAGUGCGUUUCCAGUUAACUGUCGUCUCACAGUGUGAGCACCGAACACACCAGGAAGCUGGCUCACUGGAGGUCAGGGCUGGGAUCCGGAUUCCAGAGAAGCGCUCGGACUUUUCCCAUCUUUCAUGCUCUUGUACAGUGUGUGACACAUUCCGUCCCACAAACAAACAAACAAACAGUUGUAUAAAGCAUAUCACAGAAUCCAUUAUACUCUGGUUAGCUAAGGAGCCGAGGCACACCCAGACCGUCUGCAGUUCCUCUCCGUGCUGACUUCAUACAAAUAAAUAAAUGCUAAGACUGUAUUUUUCAGUGCAACUCUAAAAUAGAAUAGUUUCACGCCCAUUGUCUAUUUUUUACUCUCUUUCAAGAAAAUUUCAUCUGUGUUACGUGCUAGCUCGUGAUUUCUUAUGUCACAUCAAUAUUUGCCUUGGAGAUACCUAAGAUAGGGAGUCUGUGCUAACUUCAGAGAGCCCUUGAAAUACUAGCUGCUGGGUUUUAGGGAUCAUUUUUUCUGACCUUUGCCCUCUGAAGGUUGCCAGCCUCUGCACAUGUUCUGUGAGUGCUGGGGACAGGUUCUCCUCCACCUCAGAGUGUACGUGGUCGCCACUCUGUGGGCGUCGAUGCUCAGGGCAAGGGGAAUGGGACCAAGUGAGUUUUCCCAGUGCCUACCGCUGUCUUGUUCACAGUGAGACAUUGGCACUCCGACUCUAGGCGUAUCGCCAUGAUGUUUUAUCAACAGUAACAUUUAAAUAGUGUAAUUUUGUAAAUUUCACCAAAAAAUUACAUCAAAAAGCACGCAGAAAAGCCAAUCUUGUAAUGAAUAUGUUUGAAACACAUGCAACUUUGAUUUAGGCAAUAUAUACAUUGAUUUAUUUUGAUAUUAUUCAUUUUCAUCAAAUGCUGUAAUCUGUGUAGAAUCUGACACUGGAAAAUGUACUGGAAGAGUUACUAUCGCUCAGGAUCAGGACCUGGUUUUGUGUCCUUGGUAUGUUCUGUCAUGGUAACUCUGGAUACAUCAUUUAGCCUCUCUGGCAGCAUUUUCGUGAUUCAGGAAAUAAAUACUUUAACUUUGAUCUAAAACAGUGGUUCUCAACCUAUGGGUUGCGACCCCUCUGGGAGUUGAAUGACCCUUUCACAGGGAUUACAUAUCAGAUAUUUUUAUUUAUAUUAUAAUUUGUAAUAGUAGCAAAAUUACAGUUAUAAAGGAGCAAUGAAAUAAUUUUAUGGUUGGGGGUCACCACAACAUGAGGAACUGUGUUAAAGGGACAUUGCAUUAUGAAGGUUGAGAACCACUGAUCUUAAAGACCUCUUAAAAAUAUUGUUGUUUGCUGGGCAGUGGUGGCACAUGCCUUUAAUUCCUGUACUCGGGAGACAGAGGCAGGCAGGUCUCUGAGUUCGAGGCCAGCCUGGUCUACAUAGUGAGUUCCAGGACAGCCAAGGCUCCACAGAGAAACCAUGUCUUCAUCCAUCAUGGAGUAGAGCGGAUCACUACACCACGGGAAUUCUAGUUCGAGUAAAACUCCUCGGACAAUUGAAUAACCAGUUGUAUUGCUCCUGUGUAAAGACAGGGUCUUUCAGUAGCUUUUUAACCUUUUUAGCCUGUCUGUAGUUCAGGCAAAUCAAUCUGUAUAAUUGUAACUUCUUUUGAUAUUUAUGCCACAGGUUAAAGAUGACCAAAAACAGUCUCCCCUAACUGUUUCUAUCUUUAAAUGGACAGUACUGUUUACAACAAUCAUGUGCUUGUUGAGUUCCCGAAACUCUGAACAAAUCACAGUCGGAAGCUGGAUUAUUUAAUGUCUGAAAAGCAUAUGUGUGCUUUGCCAUUGUUUGGAAAGGGAUAACGUACUAUGUAACAAUGCAAAGUGAAUUCCUGAUGUUGUCAGUAUUUUAAGUGAAUGUUGUAGAUAAUAUAGAAGGUGAGGAUUUGAUAUAAUUUUGUGUCAUAGCUUUAGAAGUAGUAAUUAUCACCUGUGUCAGGUUUAGCAGACGAUUUAGCACAGUUGUGUUCUCAGACGCCGUUGCACUCGGAAGCGCUGUGAACAUGGCUGUUGUCUUUGGGAAUGUUGGAGAAAUGUUUCGUGUGAAAUGUUUGUGUUAGUAACUAGAACAGCACCUGUGUCUGAUGUCUUCAUUUCUAAUCUUAUUUUUGCUAUUUUUAUAAUUUCCUUAUGUGUUUUUUCUUCAUUAUUUCAUACUUGAAAUAAAUUUAUUUUUUUAAUGCUACACUUGUG